AUGGUUGCUCGCAACAACACGCUAGCGAAGGAAUACAGCCAGCUUGAAGAGGAGCUCGGCAAGAAAAUAGCCCUUGUGGAUGAACUCACCGUGAAGGUGUCCAACACAGAACGAAUCGUCAAGGCGCUCCAGGACGAGCGCCGCAACGAGCUGGCUCUCUACGAGAAAGAAAUCGCUUUUUACAAAGAUACCAUUGCUGACCUACAGCGGAAAUCGCUGCGGUACCUCCAGCAGCUCGAGCAAGGCCGGUCCCACUCGCACCAGGUGUCCCAGGAGCUGGACGAUAAGUAUGCCCGUUUGUUGAAGUCCGUCAAGGCGCUCCAGCUGGACCUAGAGCUCGAGAGAAACUCCAAGGCCUUGCUUAUAGACCAGAUUGAAUAUUUGACCAAGGAGCGAGACUUCUUGCUCGAUCACGAGAACCUGGCCUCCAGGGUGCCCCUGGGCCUGAGCGUGGUGAAGCACCAUGUGCAGCAGUACGACGAGGAGUCCGAGGAGAGCUUGAACAUGCUCAGCUCGCUAGCCGACGAGUUGGUCCAGGACGACUACGCUCUAGAAACAUCGUCUCCGAUCAAGAGCCCCGAAUACAAGGAGGACAACUUCAUGGAUGUUGCGAGAAACUUCCAGUUUCCUCCUUCGCCCGAGAGGAUCCCUUCUCCUGAAAGGCUCCCCACUCCAGAAAGACUUCCACCACCUGUCUCACGCCUCCCGCCUUCGCCUGAUGCUAACGUGCUCAAACGCAAAUCUCUACCUAUCAAACUCAAGGAGCAGGAAGACCUGAAAGACGAGUUCGUGCUUUCUCCCCUCAAACUCACAAGCAACGGCUACUUCGAGCCUGACUUGUCCUCCCGUCUGGCUAGCACAUCCAAGAGACAUCUGCUUAUCAAGCCCAACCACUCUCGUUACAACUCUCAUGAUUUCAUGCCCAUAAAGGUGGAAUUCGAGCAGCAAGAUCAGCUGUACAGAAGUAGCCUGGCGCCAGUCAAGGAGAUGUUGAACAAGUUGAAGGAGGUGGAUGAAGGUGACGGAGACCAAGCUGAAGCUCUCCGCAAGCUCAAGGGGCUUGAACCUUCCAAACGUGACUCCUUACUCAGCUCUUCCUCAAAACGCUCUAGCAUGUUCACGGAUAUCAACAUUCUGAGCAGUGACAUCACCAAGCAAGAAAUCAUGAAGCUCAAAUUCGAAUUGCAAUCGCUCAAGUUGCACAACGAAAAGCUUCUUUCGUACAUCGGCUUCGAGCUCCAAAAGCAGAAGAAGAAUAUCAAGAAGCUCUCGAGCAGAAGCAACCUCCGUGGCGGCAAUAUGGAGUACUCCGAUGCCAAAUUGAUUGAGAAGCUGAGAGACAUGCUCAUACAGAAGAAGAGAGUUCUUCGAUCCGUGUCGAUCAACCCAAUCCUUUCAACCAAGGCGGAUGCUAGGAAGUCCAGCUUCCUCGAUCCUGCGCUUGGGCUUGGUCUUCUACAACCAGCACGAGGUGAAGAUGAGGACGAAGACGACUUUGUCUUCAAGAGCCAUUUCAUUAACUCUCUCGGUAACGUUAAUGGCGACUGCGAUGACUAUGGCUUCCUAUCUCACCAUCGAAACCAAAGCCUGAGACUCUUCUCCAAUCAUACCCAAGAGUAUCUCAAUGAGGCGGACACCAAGCAGCCGAAGAAGGCAAAAUCUCAGACGUUUGCGCCACAGGACGUCAGCUUCUCGCAGUUUGAAACCGACUGGGAGCAGAGCGUUGAGGAGAGUAUAGAUGGCGACGACGAGGAUGACGAGGACUUGUGGGAGGAUAUGGCAAGCGAGAAGUCCAGCAGCGGAAGUGAAGUCGACUAUGCCAAGCUCAAUACCUUUAACCAGCUCCGGUACCUCAUCAUGGGUAAGGAGCAUUUCCGCAAGAAACGCAGAACCCUGGAAGAGCCCCUCGUUGACGAGAACUUGAAGUAUAAGUUCUUGACGGUGGUGAUUGGUAUCACCGUCUUGGGGCUCCGGUUUACAGCGCAUCAUCCCCAGCAGCAUACCUAA